AUGAUUGUGGACUUCAGGAAGAGCACUGUCCCCCCACCCCCACCCUCCGUGAUGGACUCCCCCAUCACCUCUGUGGAGUCCUUCCGUUUCCUGGGCACCACCAUCACCCAGGACCUCAAGUGGGAGCCGACCAUCAGCUCCCUCAUCAAGAAGGCCCAGCAGAGGAUGUACUUCCUGCGGCAGCUCAGGAAAGCCAAGCUGCCUGCACAGAUGUUGGUGCAGUUCUACACGGCCAUCAUCGAGUCCAUCCUCACCUCCUCCGUCACUGUGUGGUUCGCUGGAGCCACAGUCAGGGACAAACAGAGACUACAGCGCAUUGUGCGCUCUGCAGAGGAAGUGAUUGGCCGCAGCCUUCCAUCGCUGCAGGACCUACACUACCACAGCAUGGAGGUUUUCACCCUCUAUGACCUCUACAGCCUGAACGGGACCAAAGUGGCCGAGGGGCACAAGGCCAGCUUCUGCCUGGAGGACUCUGAGUGUGACGAAGGCAUCGAAAAGAGAUAUGAGUGUGCAAACUUUGGGGACCAGGGCAUCACGGUGGGCUGCUGGGACACGUACAGACACGACAUCGACUGUCAGUGGGUGGACAUCACUGAGGUCAAGCCCGGAGACUACAUCUUCCAGAUUGUCAUAAACCCAAACUUUGAGGUGCCCGAGUCUGAUUAUUCCAAUAACAUUGUGAAGUGCAGGUGUCGAUACGACGGCCACCGAGUCUGGAUGUACAACUGUCAUAACGGAGGUUCUCUGAGCGAGGAGACGGAGCAGACAUUCCCAGGUCUCAUCAACAACCAGAUCACCCACAGGUAA